CUCACAGGCUGGGGCGUCAGAUUCAAUUUCAGGGCGCAGAUUCAGUUCUUCCUAGGCUUCAACUUCAAGGUGUUGCAGGCAGGGCCAUCUGCAUUGUCCAAAGAGCCAGCGGGAUGAUGGCGUCCACAGCCGUCUGCGCAGGGCGUGUUGCCAUCCCCCUGGGUGUCUCCCUCCCCAACCGCCAGCAUGCGUCGCCCGCUGCUACUCCCUGUCUCUUCCAAAGGAGCUGCGCCACUCUGGCUGCAUGCAGAAGGGCAGGAGUCGAGCGCAGCUACCCCAACUUGAAGGCAAAGACGGGACUCGCAAGGAGCUCAUUCGUUGGAUCGGGGAUCAGCCUGCCGUUGCUAAGGCUCUCCAAGCCUGUUCGGGGUCAGAUUGUCGCGCAAGCGGCGGCUGGGGAUGCUAGCUCGGAUGCCCUCGAAGAGAAGAAGGAAGAGGUUGCAGUCAAGGCCGCUGGUGGCGCCAAGCUGGGCCUGAUCUUCGGUCUCUGGUACUUCAACAACGUGGUGUUCAACAUCUACAACAAGAAGGUCCUCAAUGUGUUCCCCGCGCCCUGGCUCACAUCCACGCUCUCGCUAGUCGCAGGCUCUUCCAUCAUGGCCGUCCUCUGGGCAACAAAGCUGCAGAAGUACACCGAGGUGGACGGAAAAUUUUUCAAAGCGCUGGCACCGGUCGCGCUCUUCCAUGUGAUUGGGCAUGUGGCAGCCACUGUCUCCAUGAGCAAGGUUGCUGUGUCCUUCACGCACAUUAUCAAGAGCUCGGAACCCGUCUUCAACGUGGCGCUCCAGGCGCUGUUCCUCGGUCAGAAGUUCCCGGCUGCCGUGUACCUGUCCCUUCUGCCAAUUGUGAUUGGUUGCUCGAUGGCGGCCGUGUCCGAAUUGAGUUUCAAUGCUGCGGGCUUCUGGGGCGCCAUGAUCUCCAACCUGGCUUUUGUGGUUAGGGGUAUCCUGUCCAAGGAGAAGCUGAAGGACUUCCCCGAGCUUGGUGGCAUCAACUUGUAUGGGUGGAUCAGCAUCCUUUCGCUUGUUUACCUGCUGCCGUUCGCAAUCCUGAUUGAGGGACCGACGUGGUCGUCAGCCUGGAGCACCGCAGUUGCCAACAUCGGGAGGGAUAAGCUGCUCUGGUGGAUCUUCCUCCAGAGCGUCUUCUACCACCUCUACAACCAGGUUUCGUACCAGGCACUGGACAGCAUCAGCGCCCUCACCUUCUCCAUUGGAAACACCAUGAAGCGGGUCGUUGUCAUCAUCUCCUCAGUCAUUGCGUUCAGGAACCCCAUCCUUCCGAUGAAUGCUGCCGGGUCUGCCAUUGCUAUCUUGGGUACUUUCUUGUACUCACAAGCAAAGGCCGCGCCAGAGGCCCAGACCGACGUCCAAAAGAAAGAGGCUUAAGAGGAAAUUGUAGCCACGCAUUUUGACGAAAUGGCUGGUGGCAUUAGUUUGACCUUCGUUUGGUUCAUCAAGUAUAUUCCGUCACAGUGAGGUUGCAGCUCCUACGCUCGGAGAUGGGUGCAGAAGGUGGUCGUCGUCAUUAAGUGCUAGACUUUACAUUCAAUUGAUCUGAGCACGCCAGUGUCACACGCAAACAUUUGCAGCGGUAGGUGGCAGUCUUGCUUUUGAAGGCGUAGCAAUUAUCCUAUGGUGUACUUUUCCAUGCACCGUGUGCAUAUAUAGCCGUGCAAUAAGAAAGUCCCAAUCGAAUCUAGCAAUUGCUGGAGGCGAGAGCAUCACUUCGCGUGUGAAGAGUGAAUCGAGUCCGACUUGUGAUUGUUCACAACCUAGUACCAGUCUAUCGUCUCCAGACAUCCUUUUUUGGUCUCGUUCGUAACACCACAAUUGGUGCGGCUUUCUCAUCGUAUAAAGAGAAAGUGUUUGAGGA